AGUGUAGCUAAUUUAUAUUCUACACAUGGAACCGCUGCAUUAAUUAUUACUUAUAUACUCAUGUACAUAUGUACGUCAUAUUUAUAUACCGUACAACUUCUUUCAGGUAACUACCGAAUCAAACUCAUAACAGUUGCGAGAAGUUGAAGCCAACUUGUAGCUUGAACAGAAAUUAAAAUGAGCAAAUAUACGUCAAAGUAUUUGGAAGACAAACUAGCGGAUAAAUUGGGAGCGUUAUACGUAAAUGUGAUCGACGAAUCGGACGGCUGUGGUGGUAAAUUCAGUGUGACUAUUGUUUCGGAGGCAUUCCGUGGUAAGACAUUGCUACAGAAACAUCGCUUAGUGAAUAGUGCUCUAGCAGAGGAACUUAAGGAAAUACACGCAUUCUCUCAAAAGUCAUACACACCCGAAGAGUGGGAAAAAGUGCAACAGACUUUGAAGUGUUAAUAAGAAUGUAGUAUUUUUAUUAGCGCUGUAUUUGUCUUUUGAAUAAAUUAUAUUAUAAUAACUA